GACCACAAGCGCCUUUCUGUUCAACUCCUCAAAAUGAACGGACAAGAAGCUUUCAGAAGGUUCGCACAACAGCUGCAAAGAGCUAGUCAAGGUGGAGGUGGAGGUGGUAUUCCUGGCGGACCAGGGAAAUUCUUUGCUGGAAGUGGCCUUUUGAUUGCUCUGGUUGGUGGUGGAAUAGCUUUGAAUGCGAGCUUAUUCAACGUCGAUGGUGGUCACAGAGCGAUAAAGUAUACACGUUUACACGGUGUAUCAGAUGAAAUAUAUCAAGAAGGAACCCAUCUCAUGUUGCCCUGGUUUGAAACCCCAAUAGUUUUUGAUAUUCGUGCCAAACCCCGGAGUAUAGCCAGUUUAACCGGAACCAAAGAUUUACAAAUGGUUAACAUCACUUGCCGUGUACUUUCAAGACCAUCCACCCAAGCCCUACCCAAAAUUUAUCGCGAGCUCGGCAAAGAUUUUGACGAGAGAGUAUUACCUUCCAUUGUCAACGAAGUGCUCAAAAGUGUGGUCGCACAAUUCAACGCCAGUCAGUUGAUAACGCAGCGUGAGAUGGUGUCUCGACUCGUUCGCGAAAAUUUAACGCUUCGUGCCUUGCGCUUUGACCUUGUUUUGGAUGACGUCUCUAUCACGCAUGUAGCCUUCUCUCCUGAAUUCACCCAUGCAGUCGAAGCAAAACAGGUUGCUCAACAAACAGCUCUACGUGCCGCGUUUUUGGUAGACCAGGCUAUCCAAGAGAAGCAGUCCAUCAUCGUGCGAGCUCAGGGUGAGGCUCGCAGUGCCGAGCUUAUUGGCGAGGCCAUGCGUCAAAAUAAAGGUUUCCUCGAGCUGCGAAGACUGGAAGCCGCCCGUGAUAUUGCCAACGUGCUUGCUACCUCUGGAAAUCGGGUUAUGCUUGAUGCGCAGAGCCUUCUGUUAAACGUCGCAGGUGAUGAUGCAAAAGAGUUACUCAAGGUAAAGAAGUAACAGUGUCGGGUCUAGACGGAUCCUAUUAUCUGUGCAUGGCUUUAUUACUAAUACAAUAAAGUGAUCAACCCUGUGGUAACACGUAGCUCAACAAACAUUGAAUAGAGCUGUUGGAUUGCAGUUGCACCUC